AGGACCAGGGGAAGACUGGCUUCCUGUCCAGAUCGUCCCACUGAGCCCAGUGGUAACAAUGGUACCUAUACUGUUGUCCCUGCCAUUCCUUCUGGGUCCUGCAAUCUACCGGGAGACUCCAGGAGCUGUCCAUAGUCAUUUGGCCUCAGUUACCUUGGGACCUGUAAUGAAGCAGCACAACAUGGUGAGGAGCAACGGCAGAGAAGUUACUCAUCUCGUGGCAGCCAGGACGAAAAGAAAACAAGGAAGUGACAGCAGAAAAGCAGAGCCCCUAGGGCCAUGGAGACAGAUAAAAGGAAUGGAAGACUGGGAGAAGGAGAGCCAACUUCAGAAGGCCAGGGAGGAAAUCUUCCUGGUGACCCUGAAAGACAUCAUGGACUAUUACAAGGACAGAGAAGGGUCUCACACCUUUCAGGGAAUGUUUGGUUGUGAGAUCCAGAAUAACAGAAGCAGUGGCGCAUUCUGGAGAUACGCCUACGAUGGGAAGGACUUCAUUGAAUUCAACAAAGAAAUCCCCGCCUGGGUCCCCUUGGAUCCAGCAGCCAAGAAAACCAAGCAGAAGUGGGAGGCAGAAAAAGUCUACGUGCAGCGGGCAAAGGCGUACCUGGAGGAGGAGUGCCCCAGGAUGCUGCGGAGGUACCUGAAUUACAGCAAGACUCACCUGGACCGGCAAGACCCUCCCUCUGUGUCAGUCACUGGCUACUUGGUCCCAGGAAAAAACAAGACACUCAAAUGCCUGGCCUACGACUUCUACCCACAGGGAAUUGGUCUGCGCUGGAUCCGGACUGGCAUGAAGCAGGAAUCUGGGUCAAGGGUAGAUGUUCUUCCCAGUGGGAAUGGCACUUACCAGUCGUGGGUGGUGGCGGAAGUCCCCCUUCAGGACAGAGGGCCCCACUUCUGCCUUGUGGAGCACAGUGGGUUGGCCCAGUCCCUUACGGUGCCAUGGGAGGAGAAGCAGAAAACUAGGGCUAAAGGCAGUUUGGAAAGUCAGCCUCAGCAGUCACCCUUUCUGCCUGAUAUGAAAGAACUGAACUCUAGAAAUCAUCGUCAAUUUCACCAGCAAGAGCCUAAGGAAGCAGUGCAAACCCAAGGGGAUUUGGAGACAGAAGACUUGAACACCUGGUCCUGAGCUCACUCUCACUGCCAAAUCGCCUCACUUUGUAAAACUCCCCAAUAUCUAAUCUGUAAACUAUCACUCAGAUUAAUACCCUUGUCCAGCACAGCAGAGAAAGGUAUUUCUAAACUAUGAAGCGCUGUAAAA